AUGGAAAGGGCUGAGAGUAAGAGUUGGGUAAGAGAGGACCUCGUGGCCAGUUCCUUUGUGAGGAAGAGCCGGAAUUACCACGGUAGGAUGGCCCUGACCGCUGCACUGCCGUCUGGGAAGCAAGGAGGUCUUGAAACUCCUUUUGGAUUUUGUGGCUCUCCUUGGUCAAACCAAGUAGUGUUUGAAAGUCCGGUUCGGUCCGGUUUUUUGAUGCCCAGGGGCGUUAACCGUAACCGUAACCGGUCUGCCUUUUCCCCAGAAGUCAAAAGACCAGACCGGACCGCAAAAAGACCGCAGACCGCGGUUUUUUGCGGUCUAUAG